AUGUCGUCUCACCAACCCGAGCAGGACAUCUCUCUCAGCAAGGACCAAGCCGCGCCAUGGAUUUCCCCGAUGUCGUCGAUGGACUUUGACGAGCAGGGAGAGGCGUCGCAGCGCAUGUCCUCCAUCUCGUCUCAUUUGGGCUAUUCGCAGCUCAACCACGAUAGACCAACGCAGCUCCAGUCGCUACAGUGCAACUUACGACAAUCCGCUUCGCUUAUCUCACCAAAGCAGUCGAUUCAAGAUUCGCCGGGUGCCAGUCCCCGAAAGGGAAGUCUCUUUUACAAGCGAGUCAUCGAUACGCGACCUCAUAACCACAGAAUCGACGAGUCAGAUGUCAUCACCAGGCGACACAUUGAUAGGAGGAUCCUCGCCUCCAAGAAGUUCCCGGUGGGGACGUCUAUGGAGCAACGUCAGCAGUCUUCAUCGCAAGAAGAGUAG